AUGGGUCGCGGCAGGUUCAAGGGACGAGGCGGUCGAGGUGGCAACCGUGGAGCUCCUCGUCGCGAUAAUCGAGCUUACCCACCGGUCCAUAAGGAGAACGAGAGGCUGCAGAAGUAUUAUGACUUGCUCUUAUCUCUACCUCAGGAGGAGAACAAGGAUUUUUGGGAUGCUUACAAGAGGGACUUACCCAACAGCUUCAGAUUCUGCGGUUCUAAAGGGCAUGCGCUCACCGUGAAGAAGCUGCUCGAGACCAGAUACAUUCCCGAAAUCACCACAAUUACUCACUUCGAUGGCCAGCCUAUCGAGCCCCCUCUCCCCGUGCCGUGGUACCCUGAGGGACUGGCUUGGUGGAUGACUACCCCCAAGAAUAUUGUACGGCGAUUCCCGCCCUUCGCUUCUUUCCAGAAGUUCCUGGUGUCAGAGACCACCGUUGGAAACAUUAGCCGGCAGGAGGUUGUCAGCAUGAUUCCACCUCUCCUGAUGGACCUCAAGCCUGGCAUGGUCGUGCUGGACAUGUGCGCCGCGCCAGGAAGCAAGGCUGCGCAACUUUUGGAGAUGAUUCACAUGGGCGAGGAGGGCCGCGUGCGCAAGGCGCUGCAGCUACACUCGAAAGAAGAUGGCCGUGAGGUUUCGGCAGGUCCCGACGACCAGGACGUCGACAUGGAUGCCGACCCCUCAGACGAUGGUAGAGCUACGGGCGUGUUGAUCGCCAAUGAUUCCGACUACAAGCGAAGCCACAUGCUGAUCCAUCAGCUCAAGCGACUCUCAUCACCGAAUAUGAUCGUCACGAAUCACGAUGCGACUAUGUUUCCACCUCUAAGAAUCGGCGUGGACGAGCACAACAAGCCAAAGUAUCUCAAGUUCGAUCGUAUCCUUGCUGAUGUGCCGUGCUCGGGAGAUGGCACUUUGAGGAAGAAUGUGAACCUCUGGAAGGAUUGGCUACCGGGAAAUGCGCUCGGGCUUCACCUUACCCAGGUCCGAAUCUUGGUACGGGCUCUUCAGAUGCUCAAACCAGGAGGCAGAGUGGUGUAUUCGACCUGCAGUAUGAACCCUGUAGAGAACGAGGCUGUUGUCGCUGCUGCCAUUGAUAGAUGUGGCGGGUUGGAGAAAGUUGAGAUUGUGGAUUGUAGCAAAGAGCUGCCUGGCCUUAAACGUGUUCCUGGUUUGAAGAAGUGGCCAGUCAUGGACAAGCAGAACCGCAUCUGGAAUGACUGGAAUGAGGUUGAGGAAUGGACCAAGCAGAGCAAGGAUGGCGUGACACCCGGACGUCUCGUCGAGUCCAUGUUCUCGAGAGUCGAAGGCAGUGACACUGAAGAUCUUCCGCUUGAGCGCUGCAUGCGAGUCUACCCGCAUUUGCAGGAUACCGGCGGCUUCUUCAUCACGGCUCUGCACAAGAAGGCGGAGUUCAAGGCCAAGCCCGAGAAGCCCGCAAAUAAUCCUACUACAAACAAACCUGCAAAUGGUGAUGCUCAGGCCGCGGAGCCAAUUACGAAACCUGAAGAGAACGGCAAUGAGAAUGGAACGACCGAGGAGCCCAAGAAUCCGCUGAAGCGAAUGAUGGAGGAUCCUCUUCAGCAAGAGAAUGGCAGCUCUGAGUUGAUCAAGAACCCCCUCAAGAGAGGUUUAGAGGAAGACGCCGGCGAAGAGGUUCCUGUGAAGCGACAAAAUACGGGAGAUGAGAAGCCAGACGCCAAAGUCGAAUUGCAAGACGGAUAUGGCGUCAAGAAGAAGAACAGCGAGCCUUUCGAGGAACCGUUCAAAUAUCUCCCUCAAGGCCAUGAGGUUAUUGAGACGAUCAAGACCUUCUACAGCAUAUCUCCUCGCUUCCCGACGGAUCGCUACAUGGUCAGGAACGCUAUUGGUGAACCUGCCAAGGCUAUCUACUACACCGGCGCUCUUGUACGCGAUAUCCUGGUGAACAAUGAGGGCAAGGGUGUCAAGUUCAUCCACGGCGGCGUCAAAAUGUACAUGAAGCAAGAUGCACCGUCCGCGGAGGUAUGCCGAUGGCGUAUCCAGUCGGAGGGCCUCCCGAUUCUACAGGGUUACGUCGGCGACAACCGCGUCGUUCGCCUCCGCAAUAAGGAGACGCUUCGCCGGCUGUUGAUUGAGAUGUUCCCGAAGAUCUCGGGUGAUGAGUGGCAGAAACUGGACGAGAUAGGCGAACGCGUCCGUGAGAUCGGCAUGGGCUGCUGUGUGCUCAAGGUCGAGCCUGACGGUUCGGAUGAGGAUUUCACCGAGCACAUGGCUCUCCCGCUAUGGAAGAGCUUCCAUUCACUGAAUCUCAUGUUGCCAAAGGAGGACCGAGCUGCUAUGUUGCUGCGGAUCUACAAUGAUACGACACCACUGGUCAACAACGUUCAACCGAAGAACAAGCCGCAGCCGCAAACCGAGCAGUCGGAGGGCAAAUCGACUGCAGAGGAAGCUGAUGCGAAGAUGGUGGAGGGAGACGCUGCCCCUAAGGAAGAAUUGGACACCGAGCUUGCUGCCGUCAAGGAUGAGGAACUGGAGGCAGAGCUCGCUGCUGAAGAUGCACCUUCGCCGUGA